UUUCUGAUAGUGAUUAUAUUGUUUAUAACCAAUAAGGAAUGUGUCAAGUUUGAAAAUAUGGUGUUUUGAGAAUUGUCUUAAUUGUCUACAGGCUCGUGAAUUUGUGAAUGAGCUUCAAGCUAGUACCAAAGCAUCAAGAAAUCCAACCAUGUGGCCUGAAGCUUCCACAGGAGCCAGCCUAAGUGCAAACAAUGCAGACACUUCUACAGUUUCAGAGGUUCCUGCACUUGUACCACCUGGAGGUGUUGCCAGUGGCAACAAAACUGGAUUGAAUGAUGAUGACACUAAUGAUGAUGAUCUGGGUAUCUUGGAUAUUGAUGAAAAUGACAGCAAAACUGGUAAAAAUUCUGCAGAGCUAGCGGCACUAAAUGAAUCACUUCAGGAACUGCUUGACGGAAUACAAGAGCUUCUGAUAUCGAUGACGAGUCAGAAAGCCUUUCUGAUAUCGAUGAUGUUGAGGUUGACAAAUAUCUGCACAGUAAGGAAGAGAUGCAUUACAAAAAGAUUAUUUGGGAACAAAUGAAUAGUAAACAUGAAACGAGCCAAGGUGCCGAGAAUGCCAACACAGAAGGCAUAAUUGCAAAAUGCGAUACAAAGUUUAACAAGAAGUUUAGCACCGACAGAUUGAGUCUGAAAUAAGAAAGUAUGAUAAUGAAUUUGACCACAAGACUGAUUACGGUGAAGGUGUUGAAAGCUGCGGAGCGUAUGGUGUGGAUUAUGAUUAUGAGGAUUGACAUGAGAUAUGAAGAGCUUGGCUUUAUGUUAAAAUUUUAAAAUUUAUUAUUUGAUGUUGCAUUAGUUUAUGAGAA